GGAAGAAGACUGGAUGAAGAUCGCACAGGCCAGCUUGAAGUGCUGCACUAAGAUAAGGGAUCACUGCAUGAGGGUGUGGAAGGCAACGGAUUGGUGGAUACUCAUGAUGGAGGCUGGGUGUCUCCCUCCUGCCCUCACUGCACAUUAAGAUAAGCUCCUACUCCUCAAACACCCAAAACUACAGAGCUGAAUGACCACAUUGUUGCUGCUCUAAUACCUGAAAACACUUUCAUGGCUGAGCAGAAAAAUCUUGAAAAGAGCUUAGAGGAAGACAGGGGAGAUGAAGGCAAGAAGACAAAGAAACACAAGGGCCAAACAUGGGCUAAAGAGGGGCCACUAGACCCUUUUGAAAUGCUGGACUCUCUUUCUGAGGAGAAGCAACAAGAGAUUCAGAAAGCCCUACACCUGUUUUCUUUUGGUCAUGGGCCUCCAAAGAACCUACAAGAGGCUCGGAGACACACAUACCGCUUUUGGGAUACUCAGCCAGUCCCUAAAAUAGAUGAGAAAGUGACAUCACACGGACCAGUAGAGUCAGAGAGGCCCAGUGUUCGAGAAGAGCCAUUCUCACUGCCACAGGAAUUCAUUUGGGACACACUCAAUCUCGACAACCAAGAGCAGCUGAGAGAACUGUGUGACUUGCUGAAUGAAAACUACACAGAGGAGGAUGACAACACAUUUCGUCUGCACUACUCUCCACAGUUCUUGCUCUGGGCUCUGUGCCCCCCUGGAUGGCAAUCACAGUGGCAUUGUGGAGUUCGAGUUAAGUCCAGUCAAAAACUAGUGGGAUUCAUAAGUGCCAUUCCUGCUACUAUUGAAGUAUUAGACACAGAGUUAAAGAUGGUGGAGGUGAACUUCCUGUGUGUACACAAAAAACUUCGCUCAAAAAGAGUGGCACCAGUUCUAAUUAGGGAGCUCACCAGACGGGUGCAUCAGCAGGGUAUAUCUCAAGCAAUCUACAGCACCAGUGCGGUCCUACCAAAACCUGUUGCAAGCUGUAGGUAUUGGCACAGGUCACUGAACCCACGCAAGCUGAUUGAGCUGAAUUUCUCCUCUCUCACUCGUAACAUGACCUUGCAGCGUGCCAUCAAGCUAAAUCGGCUCCCUGAGACAACAAAAACCACAGGCCUUCGCCCCAUGACUGUGCAGGAUAUGCCAGUGGUUCAGGCUCUUCUGAGAGAACAUCUAAAGGCUUUUCAUCUCUCUCCUUCUCUGACCCUAGAGGAUGUUGAGCACUGGCUUCUGCCUCAAGAUGGUGUGAUUGACACAUAUGUUGUGGAGAGCAUGGCCAAGACCAUAACUGACAUGGUGAGUUUCUACACACUUCCCUCAUCAGCUCUGAACCACCCUGUGCAUAAAGGCUUGAAGGCAGCCUGUGUUCUUUAUUGCAUCAGCAAGUCUACCCCGCUGCUGCAGCUAAUGGAGGACAUCCUUAUCAUCUGUAAAGCAAGAAGGUUUGAUGUGUUUUCUGCUCUGGAUGUAAUGGAUAAUAAAGCUUUUUUGGAGCCCCUUAAGUUCAGAAUGGGAGAUGUACACAAGCAGUAUUACCUUUACAAUUGGAGAUGCCCUGAGAUGGCCUCAGACAAGGUGGGUGUUGUGCUGAAGUAAAGGCAUUUUGCGCACAAAUGGACAAUGAAAAUACAUAAGCACUCAUAUAGCACACUUUUC